AUGGAGCUGUUCUACGAGCUGCUCCUCACGGCGGCGGUCACCCUCCUCGCCGCCUUCCUGCUCGCCACGCUCUUCGCCGCCAAUGAUCCCCCGCGCCGGACCGAUCGCGCCGCAGCCGCGAUCGCCGAGGAGGUGGCGGAGGAGGAGGAGAGGAUCAUCGAGGUCGACGAGGGAGGUUUUUUUGAUGUGGUGGGGUUGGAGGAACGGACCGUGCAGGAUGUUGCAGUGAAGCAGCAUGAUCUGGGCGCUGAGGUUGCUCUUGCUCCCGUUGAAGUUCUCGAAGCAGGACCGGACAAGCAGGGAGUAGAAGUUAUUGGAGUUGCGCAAGUGCUUCCCUUGGAAACAGAAGCUGUUGAAGUGAAACAGCACCAUCUAGUUGCCGAAGUUGCUCCUGCUGAAGAUGUUCUUGACGUGGGAUUGGUGGACAAGAGUGUACAAGCUAUCGAAGUGAGGCCGGAUGAAUUGGAUUCUGAGACUGCUCUUGAAGGGAUUCUUGAUGUCGUAUUGGAGAAGAAGGAAGAGCAAGCAGUUGAAGUGAAGGAGCACGAAUUGCCUGCAGGGGCUGCUCCACAACCAGUUCUCGAUGUGCCAUUGGCAGAGAAAAAAGAGCUUAAACAUCAUCAGCCCGUUGAAGAAGUUGCUGAGGUACAUGAGGAAGUGCAGUUCAAGGAGGAAGCUAAAUGUGAGGCCCAUCCAGGUGAUCAACAAGAAGAACUGGUUCCUGAAGAGGAAUCGGUGGCAAGGACAAUUGAUGAUGUGAAUGUUAGCCAUGAAUGUAGCUUUAUUGAUAAAGUGGUUACCGAGUUGCCUGCAGAGGCAGUGACAUUGCAAGGGCUGCUGAAGGAUGACCCUGAGGCAGACAUGGAGUUUGAGGAGUGGGAAGGGAUCGAGAGGAGUGAAGUGGAGAAGAGGUUUGGUGCAGCUGCAGCAUUUGCUGCUAGUGGGGCUGGGGCGGCUGCCCUGUCAAAGCUCGAUAGUGAUGUGCAGCUGCAGCUUCAAGGUCUCCUCAAGGCUGCCAUUGACGGUCCCUGUUAUGAUUCUGCGCAGCCACUUACAUUGAGACCUUCAUCUCGUGCGAAAUGGGCUGCUUGGCAGAAGUUAGGGAAUCUGAACCCUGAGAUUGCUAUGGAAAAAUACAUGAAUCUUUUAUCAGAAACAAUUCCAGGGUGGAUGAGGAGUGAAACCUUGGACACAGAGAACGCUGGCAGUUUAUCUGUGGAGACUAUCUUAACAACGGUGACUGCUACAAGUGAUCAACAGAACAAUCAAGGGUAUACAUUAUGGUCAAGGAAUGAAGAUAGUUCUAGCAUAGGUGAAGGUCGUCCAAUAACUUCCCCUAACCCAGAGAAAGUGUUUUAG